AUUAUGUGCUCUCUAUAAAUAGAGCAAUCUACUUUCUGUUGCUUACAAGAACCAUUUUGUAGUAUUCCUUCCAUCUUUUUGUUAACAUUAAUUUCCAAAGAAGAAAAUGAAGAUUGAAGUCGAAAUGAUCUCGAGUGAGCUAAUCAAGCCAUCUUCUCCAACACCUGACCACCAUCGCCAUCAUCGACUUUCCUUUCUUGAUCAAAUCCAAAUCCCAGUUUUCAUGCCUUUGAUCCUCUUCUACCCUAAACAAAUCAACACAACCAACAUAGAAAGAUGCAACCAAGCAAAGCAAUCCCUCUCACAAGCUUUAACCAUAUUCUACCCGCUCGCCGGACGGGUUAAGGAUAACACCUAUAUAGAUUGCAACGAUGAAGGUGUUCCCUUUGUGGAAGCCCAAGCCAAUUGUCACCUCUCAGAUUUUUUCCAAAAUCCAAAUCCUAGUGAUAACAACAAGUUCCUUCCCUUUGAACUUGAUGAUGUGAAGGAUUUAGUUGCUGUUUUCCAGGUUACGUACUUCAAGUGUGGUGGGUUAGCCGUUGCUUUUGGCUCCUCACACAAGGUUGGUGAUGCCUUGUCACAAUUUACUUUCCUCAAAAGCUGGGCUGCCAUUGCUCAUGGAGAUACAGAUAUUGCUAUCCCUUCCUUUGAUACUUCCACUCUCUUUCCACCCAAAAAUUUAUCUGGGUUUGAACCCAGGAAUGUGAUUGUAAAGGAUGUUGUCACAAAGAGGUUUGUGUUUGAUGCUUCCACCAUAGCAGCUCUUAGAGCUAAGUAUAGCAAUAAUGGCAGCCGCCCAACAAGGGUAGAGGCUCUAUCUGUUUUCAUAUGGAGCCGGUUCAUGGCAGCAACUCAGGUAAAAGAUGAACCUGAUAAGCUCUACACAGUUCUUCACGCAGUGAAUCUGAGGCCAAGAAUGGACCCGCCUCUAUCAGAGUUGCAUUUUGGGAAUAUCAGCAGGAUAGCCAUAGCAGUGGCCGACAUGGAAUCUAAGGACGAUGAGUGUUAUGGAAUUCUGAGCAAGAUGAGAGACGCCUUAAGAAAAGUGAACCUGGACUAUGUGAAGGAUCUCCAACAGAGUGAUGGCCAUUUGAAUUUCAUGAGAAAGCAGUCAAAGAGAGUGGCCAAAGGAGAGAUUGUUUCUUUUAGCUUCACUAGUUUGUGUAAGUUUCCUGCAUAUGAAUCUGAUUUUGGGUGGGGAAAGCCCGUAUGGGUAGGCACGGCUCGCUUAACUUUCAAGAAUCUAGUCGUCUUCUUUGAUACGAAAGAGGGGCAAGGUAUAGAGGCAUGGGUUAACUUGAAGGACAAAGAUAUGGCUAAAUUUGAGACUGAUAACGAGCUUCUUGCACAUGUUUCUUCAGGUAGUCCAAAUUACCUCUAGACAAAUGGAUGCAUAAUGGGCAAAGUUUGCUUUUAUUUCCAAGCAUAUUAUCUUUAGUUUGAAUUUGAUCAUCAAAGAGUAGUGUUUGUUAUUUUUUCUAUUUAAGUUCAAUUGAAAUUUCAACUUGAGAA